GAUCCGACCUCACCUACAGCGGAGCUGAAUGGGCUUCCGGGACGCCGUCCGCGGCGAGCAGUUGGCGCUUCCUAGGCGACCGGAGUCUCGCUGACUCGUCCUCCUUCGGCCAGAAACCCUCCUCCUGGGCCCGCGCGGGAGGAGUGGGGUCUCUGAGGGAGCGGCGAGCCCGCCGGCCCCGGUCUCUUUCCCUGGCUGCGGCGGCUUCUACCGUAAGACAAUAUGUUCAAGAGAAUGGCCGAAUUUGGGCCUGACUCCGGCGGGAGAGUGAAGGGUGUUACUAUCGUUAAACCAAUAGUUUAUGGUAAUGUUGCUCGAUAUUUUGGAAAGAAAAGAGAAGAAGAUGGGCACACCCAUCAGUGGACAGUAUAUGUAAAACCAUAUAGAAAUGAGGAUAUGUCAGCAUAUGUAAAGAAAAUCCAAUUUAAAUUACAUGAAAGCUAUGGCAAUCCUUUAAGAGUUGUUACUAAGCCUCCAUAUGAGAUUACUGAAACAGGAUGGGGUGAAUUCGAAAUAAUCAUCAAAAUAUUUUUCAUUGAUCCUAAUGAAAGACCUGUAACACUGUAUCAUUUAUUAAAGCUGUUUCAGUCAGACACCAAUGCAAUGCUGGGGAAAAAAACAGUGGUUUCAGAGUUUUAUGAUGAAAUGAUAUUUCAAGACCCAACAGCAAUGAUGCAACAAUUAUUGACAACAUCUCGUCAACUUACCUUAGGAGCCUAUAAGCAUGAAACAGAAUUUGCAGAACUUGAAGUGAAAACCAGAGAAAAAUUAGAAGCUGCAAAAAAAAAAACAAGCUUUGAAAUUGCAGAGCUUAAAGAGAGAUUAAAAGCAAGUCGUGAAACUAUAAAUUGUUUAAAAAAUGAAAUCAGGAAACUGGAAGAAGAUGAUCAGACAAAAGAAAUAUAAACAGUUCUGAAGACAACUUGAUAGUAAGCUAAGCUGAAAAUAAGGUGGACUUUAAAGGAGAGAUGGACUACAAAUGCUGCAGUGUUUCUAAGAGGAACUUUGUAUAUAGUUGUCGAGCAUAGAUUUUUCAGCAGUGGGGUCAAAGUAUUUGUACUUUACCAGCAAUCUUUAAUGUGAAAUAUAUGUGUAUAAUAAGAAUGAAUGGUGUAUAGGUAUUUUACCAACCCAUUUCGGAGUAGUUCUGUGAUGUUAAGCACAAUUUUAAAACAUUUGUAUUGCAUCGUAUGUAUAGCUUAUCCUUUUGACAGGCAUUGAAAUUUCAUUAUAAAGUAUAACUUGUACAAUUUUGUACUUCCCCUAGUAGUUAGAAUUAGUUGUAAAAUUAAAGAGUAUAUUAAAUUUUUACCUCCCCCAUCCCAGCUCUUUUGUAUCUGAUGCGCCCAGUGUCCAGUAAGCACUGAAUAAAUGUAGUCUGCAUAUGCUG